CGCAAAAGCGCCUUGUCGGGACUAGCGCCACCUAGCGGCCGGCUUCGGACGCAGCUCUGCGAGCGACGCCUCAAAGAUUUUAAGGCUAGGCUUGCCAUGCCGUGGUGCUGAAAUUUCAAGCCCAAAACUUCUUUGCAUUUGUUUCUGCGUUUUGAAAUUGUGUUGAAAUAUUACCACCAUGAUGUCCCCAUUGGGUGUUGAGGUGCGGUAUGUGGAUGACAUGAAGGGCAAAGGGCUGUUUGCUCUGCGGGCCUUCAAAUCUGGUGAGGUGGUGUUUGAAGAGCAGCCUCUGGUGUGUUGUCAAUUUGCCUGGAACCAAGCUUAUGGGUACUUAGCUUGUGAUUACUGUAUGAGACCCUUGGAAAGUGCUGAAGAAAAUGCUAGAAGACUGUCAGGCAAAGCAGAUCUCUUGUUGCCGUAUCCUCAAUGUUGUGUAACGGCUAAAAACCAACACACAGAGUGUGGGGCUUGCGGGGUUCGCUAUUGCAGUGUGUCAUGCCUUGAGCAGGCUUGGGCCAAAUACCACCGAACUUUGUGCACACAAGCUCGUACAAGAGAUGCAUCCCAAGGACAGCAUCCUCUAGAAAUGUUAAAUGAUGCUUGGAAGCAAAUGCAUUAUCCACCAGAAACAACCAGUAUCAUGUUGCUUGCCAGAAUCAUAGCAAUGAUUCAUCAGGAAAAUGACAAGGAGCGCAUCAUGCAUACUUUUAUGCAGUUCUGUCAUCGAGUUGUCAAUCAUGAAGACGAGAUUGCACACAAAUUGCUUGGUGAACAAUUCCAGGGGCAAUUGGAAAUGUUGCGAACCUUGAUUCUUCAAGCCUUACCUUCAGAUAAUGCCUCUCAUAACUGGCUGACUCCUGAAGGAUUCCGGUCUCUUGUUGCUUUGGUUGGAACUAAUGGGCAGGGUGUUGGUACCAGCUCCCUCAGUGAGUGGGUCAAAAAAGUUUCUGCCCUUUCUCUUGCUCCUGCAGACAAGCAAGGUCUAGAUGUGUUCAUCAAUAAACUCUACGAUGAUCUGGAGGAAGUGGUGGGUAGUUUCUUGAAUUGUGAAGGUUCAGCUUUGUAUAGUCUGCAGAGCUCCUGCAACCAUAGUUGCAUCCCCAACGCUGAGCCCGCAUUUCCCUACAGUGACUUUAGACUGGUGAUGACUGCUACUCGCAACAUUCAGCCCGGUGAUGAAAUAACAAUUAGCUAUCUUGAUGAAUGCACCCUUGAAAGGAGCCGUCAUUCUCGCCAUAAAAUGUUGAGGGAAAAUUACCUGUUUAACUGCCAGUGCAUAAAAUGUGAAGCUCAAGCAGGAGAUGCUGACAUUACAAGUGACGAUGAAGGUGACAAUGAUUCUGAAGAAGACAUGAUUGAUGAAGAAUGUGUUGAGAAUGGUACAACGACUAUGGGGGUCAAUCCUCCUCAAUAACUCUUGCUCCAUUAAUGUAUAAUUAGAGGAAAGUUUACACACCUUGGGUAACUUAAAUUUCUUGCAAAGAGCAUUAUUGAACUUGUAGUGCUGAGGGUUUUUACACUACCCGUUUUAUUUUCGGAAUACGGUUUUUCAUUUUUUCCAAGCUGCAUACAUUUUGUGAGGUCAAUGUGUCUUUGUAUGCAUCUUUUAUUGCAGUGUUUUCACACAAUCAUGACAUGCCAAUGAUAGGGUUAUUUAUAUUUAUUAUUAUUAGUAUUAAUUUAUGAGUCAACUUUUGUGUUUUGACAAUUUAUAAUUGUCAUGUCUGGCACUUUCUAAUGAGGCACUCAGAACAUGGUUGAACAUACCCUUAUUCCAUUGUCUUAAUGUUGAAGAUUACCUUAUGUUCAUGUUCUGUUUGGUACUUUGAGGGUCAGCUUGCAGAUGCUUGAAAAGUUUAUCUGCUGCUUGUACAAUUUCAAUGUUUAUGAAGUGGUUUGCAUAAUUUGUCCUUUAUAUUUUAAUGUAAAAGAUCUUUCUUAAUUUUUUUUUGAGUUCCCUGUAGAUUGUGUUAAAGUGCAUUUAAAGUCUAGGAGUAUGGUUUUGAUGAACCUCUCACAGUAUUUUAGUCACUGCUUUGAGGCUGCAUCAUCCAUUCUUGGGAGGCAAUCCCCUCUCCUAUGGUUUUCUAUUAGGUUGCCUGAUAUUACCUCCAAAUUUGUGAAUGAACUCUAAUGAUGUAAAUUUUGAUUAUGUACUCAAAUAAUCUGCGAAUUAAAAUCUUGUGCAAACUUUA